AUGAAACCCGGUCGUUCUCUAUUCCUCCGAAACGUAGCUCUCACCUCUUUGUUAUUCAAUUUCUUUGUUUUUCUGUUGUUUCAAUUCAACAUCGCAAACCCAACCACUGGGUGCCAGAAGAAGCUUGAGAUAGACGACGAUACCAAGCUCCGCGCAUUUUGGGACAAUAGGAUCUCCCAAGAAGUCAGUGGAGAUGCAGUGGGUGAUGAGCUCAGAGGCUAUGUGUUUAAGAUAAUGGGAGGCUGUGAUAAGCAAGGUUUUCCAAUGAAGCAAGGAGUGCUGACUCCAGGCCGUGUUCGUCUGUUGCUCCACAGAGGAACCACUUGUUUCCGUGGUUAUGGCAGGAGGAAUGGAGAGCGCAGAAGGAAGUCUGUCCGGGGAUGUAUUGUUAGUCCAGACCUCUCAGUUCUAAACCUUGUUAUUGUGAAGAAAGGUGAGGAAGACCUUCCUGGUCUGACUGAUGUUGAAAAGCCUAGAAUGAGAGGUCCAAAGCGGGCAUCAAAGAUCCGCAAACUGUUCAACCUUUCAAAGGAUGAUGAUGUUCGGAAGUAUGUUAACACAUACCGCAGAACCUUCACGACCAAGUCUGGCAAGAAGUGCAGUAAAGCUCCCAAGAUUCAGAGGCUGGUGACUCCUUUGACUUUACAGAGGAAGCGGGGAAAAAUUGCUGAGAAAAAGAAGAGAAUUGCAAAGGCCAAGGCGGAAGCAGCUGAAUAUCAGAAGCUUCUUGCCACUCGUUUGAAGGAGCAGCGUGAACGUCGUAGUGAGAGCUUGGCAAAAAGGAGAUCCAAGCUCUCUGGAGCUUCUAAGCCAUCUGUAGAUCACUAA